AUGGAGCACGACAGCCCAGAUAUUUCUCCAACUCACUCAUUGAUGAGUUAUGGAAUACCUGACGAUAUGAUUCGUCCUAUUUCAGCAUCCGAAAGCGCGGUUCUUUCUAAGUACACUUCACCAGCACCUUCACCAGGACUGCCACAAUCCAGCCACUCUUUUGCUGCAUUGCCUCCCUUGAAGGAGCCGGCUUCGGCUACAGUGUCACCGCGAUCACCCAAGUCUCCAGCGAAAACACUGAAACAGAAGGUAUCUCGUCUGUUUGGUGGCUCGGAUAAGCGUUCAUCUCCUAAAUAUGAAACCUUUCAAGAGAAUUUCGACCGCCAUGAAAGAGAUACACCUCGUUCUCCGCUGUCUGGUCACUGGGAAGUAGAAGAAUCGGUGAAACUCAUACAGCAGCCAGCUUCUGACAAGACAGCCAGCGCUGAGAGGGAUAAUGAGGACCCAUCUCGUCACGAAUUUGAAGAACUCUCAUCCCGCCGUCGACCAACCUCGCGAUCUUACUCAGCGAACCGUCAUCAAACUCUCCAGGAUGCCCUCCGUCAACUGGAAACCGAAAACAACGGUUUGACCUUUGAGGAUAUCAUGCGCUACAUUGGCGUAGAAGAUGAGGAUAGAAUUGUAUCUGCCGAUGAUGAUGAUGAUGGAGUGCACGAUGAGAGAGUUGAACGCCCAUGGCAGCCAGAUACAUGGAACGAACCGACUCAAAUACGUAUGCCACACAAUCGACCUUCGAAUAGCAACCUUUCGACGAGUGCUCCUAGCACCCGUGCCUCUAUUCGUCCAUAUGUCGAGCGGGCCGCUGCCUUCAUGGCAACUACCGGUACUAGCUCCGGCGCGUCCUCGUUGUCAUCUGAUCUAGCUGAAGCAAAGCAUGAUAUGGGGAAUGUCGAGCUAAUCAAUGGCGACGAGGAUGAAUUUGCAGAUGAGGAGGAGGAAUAUGAAGAGGAAGAUAAAGGCCACACUACGGAAGAUGACAAUGAGGAAACGGCACCUGCCCUUCGCAUCGUCUCCCGUCGUGCUCGUCCGUUAUCCUCCAACCCUCCAGACCUCGACACUCCCAUCCUCUACGACUCAGAACCAGAGGACGACGCCUCUACUCCUCCUUCCCCUAAUCCACAGCCAGUGACAAGGAUCAGCUGGUGCCCCGAGAUCCCCGUGCGUCAUCCUGACCAUCGCUACAUACGUUUCGAGGAUAUCCGAGUUACUACGCCGCCGCCUCCUCAAAUUUCGUCAGCACCGAGAGUAGUGACUACUACUAUUGCUCCUAGGAAGAAGCAAAGGAAACACUGUAAGUUUCCCGUUAGCAUCUGGUAA